UACAUAACGGUUUGAUAAACCGUUACGUCAACCGUUAUCUAUUAACACUUUUUUACAACAGUUUUUUUACCGUUAAGAAAUGCGUUAUAUAACUGUUAUGUAUUAACAUUAUUUUUUUUCAUAAAUAUAUAUUUUUAUUAGGUAAAAUUCAAAACCUAACUCAAAAUCUAAUUUUCAAGCUUCUGCUCCAAUACUCCUAACACACCCGCCGCCUCCCCCCGGUGACGCCGCGCCGGACGACGCUGCACGAGCAACCGGACGCCGGUGCCAGUGAGUCAGUGACCGCCCCUGCCCCCACCCACCCUGCAUCGCGUCGCCUCUGACGCCGCUCUUCUCGCAGCAGCAGAUCGAGCGGCGGAGCACCCUUCUCCUCUCCACCGAGCACGAGCAGACCACCCCUCUCCUCCGCCGACGCCGCUCUUCUCGCAGCAGCAGCAGCAGAUCGGGCUUUUUGCUUCUCCGUCUGCCACCUACCGCACCCGUCUCUCUCUCUCCGUCCGUUAGGCCUAGCAGCUGUCGCCGAUCGAGCUCUCAAUCGCAGACCCUAGGAGCCGCCGCUGUCGCCGCCGCCUUCUACAAUAGCCACCACCAAGGAACUCGCCACAAAGCUAAGAUCAAUCGUGUUACUAAAGCGGCAGCUUGAUGAAGUACCAGCACAGGCUGAACUAAUACAGUACGAACUCCGACUUUCUGAACUUAACACUCAAAUUCAGAUUUGUUUGUUUGUAGAAAAAGCUCCGACAAACACGGAAGCACUAUGAUACAUAUAAUGCUUUGUUGGAGAUUAAAGAUUUGAUGCUCAAAGAAACAUCCUUGUUGAAUUCAAUUAAUGUGCAGUUCCAAAAUGCUAUUACUAGCGCUGAUGGGAGGGUAAAACUCACAAACUCCUUGGAGGGAAUUUUGAAUGGGACUCAACAGGUAUCCAUUUCGUACGUAUAUUUCUACCCAAACUGAAAUUAAUCUAACCAUAUAACUUUCAAUUAUCAUCUCCAAGAAGCUCUCUUGUGUUUCUGUUCCAUGAACUAUUAUUUUGGGAAAGUAUAUUCUAGAAAAAUACAGAUAAGUUUGGAUAAGUGAGAGGUGCAAAGUUUGACCAGUUAAGUUGAUAGCUUGAUUGGACAUUUUAUUUUGAGGAGACGUGUUUGGUUUACUUGCAAAGAAAUGUCAGAUUAAGAGAUUCUUCUGUUAAUGGGGUUUAGUUGUUGAAAAUGGGAUGCAAUCUUUUCGAAGAUGGUGUUUUCAAUAAAGUACUGAGCAUCUUUAUAACUGCUGCAAUAUUGAAACUUGGACAAGCGAUCCUUGAUGUAAUUCUGAGUUGGAAAGCUAGGCAGAGCAUGUCCUUCCAUGUCAAGUUAAGAUACAUUCUAAAGGUUGUGUCGGCUGCUGCUUGGGUGGUCAUCCUGCCUGUUACCUACGCUUAUACAUGGAAGAAUGCUCCUGGGUUUGCUCAAACUAUCAAAAGUUGGCUUGGCAACAGCUCAAGGGCUCCUUCAUUGUUCAUCUUGGCUGUUGUAAUCUACUUAUCGCCAAAUUUUCUCGCUGCCUUUCUGUUCCUUUUUCCUUUCGUUCGUAGGUUCCUUGAGAGGUCCAAUUAUAAGAUUGUGAUGCUAAUGAUGUGGUGGUCCCAGCCUCGGCUCUAUGUUGGUAGGGGAAUGCAUGAAAGUACCUUUUCUCUCUUCAAGUAUACAUUAUUCUGGGUGCUCCUUACCAUUACAAAGUUAGCUUUCAGUUUCUAUAUCGAGGGAUGUUACUUUCAAAAAGGGAGGAAGAUCAAGAUGAAGAUGAGCGCGAAGGAAGCCUUUGAGAGGUCAAUGAGGACUUUGUCGGAGUGGAUAAGCCAGGAAGUGAAUCGAAAUAUGUAAUGAUCUUAGAUACUUGAUACUUGGUUCAUUCGGAUGAUAAUGUACGAAUAUUUUGGAUAAUAUAUAAUAUUGUUAUUGUUGAUUUUA